AUGGGGCGUCCCAGGGGGUGGCCGGGGGCUGCCCUUGCCUGCCUGCUGCUGCUGCUCAGCCUCCCGGUGCUCUGCUCAGCAGGGCUGGGGGAGCUGGGCCCCACCAUUGAUGGGCAGCCGCUGGCAGUGUGCACUCUGCUGGAGGAGGAGAGCCAUGCCUUCACCUGCCGGGCCCCCUGGCCGGCCCCCGGCGCCACACUGGCGUGGUACCUCGACGGCCGGAAGCAGGAGGCAAACUGCUCGGCCGCGGGCACUGCCAGCACCCUCACCCUCACCGCCCGGCGCACCGACCGCGAGCUCAACUGCUCCCUGACGGACCCGGCCUCCGGUGAGACCUACAACGCCUCCGUCCUCCUCGACGUGCAGUAUAAGCCGGAGAUCCUGCGGGCAGAUGCCCGCUACCAGGAGGUCGAGGGUGCUGGGCUCCUUCUAGUACUCUUUGUGCUGGUGCAAGCCAACCCACCCGCCAGCAUCACCUGGAUUGACCAGGACGGGCAGGUGAUGGCCAACGCCUCUGAGUUCCUCCUUUUGGGUGCGACGCACUAUCCGGGGCUGGCCAACCACUCGCUUCGCAUCCACCUCAGUCACGUGGCCGGCAACUUUUCCAUCAGUGCUACAAACAGUGUCGGCAUCACCACCACCUCCCUCCUAACCCCAGGUCUGCUGGAUGCCCGUGUGGAGCUGCCCCUCCUGGGCGUCACCGUUGGAGCAGCCCUGGCCCUGGGUGCCCUGCUUAGCCUGGGCUCCUGCGCCGCCUGCCUAGCAUGCCGCUGGCCCAAGACAGUGCCAGGUGAGGGGCGAGCAGAAGGGAGCAGCCCGCUCAGCCGGUGCUCCCGUUGCAGCAGCUCUGAGCACCCGCAGCCCUGGAGCACGCGCUUGCCCCGCCAGACCCGGUCCCUGCCGCCCGACCUGCACCUCGGUGACCUCGUGCAGCAGGCCAGAGAUGCCCCCAUGGAUGCGGGAACCGGUGCCAGGGGAGAGGAGGGUGCGCUCCCGGGGCCAGAGAACUUCCUGGUCCUCAGCAAGCUCGGUUUUGUCCAGCUCCCGAUGUCCGGGCGCAUCUACAAAGUGCCCAGCAUGAGCAGCGACGAGAUCUGGCUGUGA